UCCUUGUAAGGUAUUGAUAUUUACCUGUACUCAGCCUGUAGUAGGUGUGUAUCGUCUAUUGUAGUAUAAGGAUAAACACAUUGAUUUUUAUUUCAUUCAUUUCAGAACACAUUUCUGCAACCAAAAUGAAGAUGUUGAAACAGAUUAUAGUUGGGAUUUGUAGUGCAAGUUUUCUGAUGGUCAUUAUUGGAUUUGCAACACCAGGAUGGCUGAUCUUUAAUGUUGAUAUGCCAAAAAUGCAGGAGCUAGAGAUGAAGAACCAGCCUGUUUGGAUGCAGAAACAAUAUGAGGAAAGAGUAGCCCUUAUGAAAAAGGAUCCAAACAUUCCUGAUUUGCAAGAUUUAAAAGUUACAUUUGGACCAUUUUUUAUGCGAUACUGCAUCACGAUGAAGUUUGGAACAAUUUCUAAUGAUAUAUGUGUAAUGUUAUCAUCAGGCAACGCCAUAGAAUUGGUGGAAACUCUGAUGAGAAAUAAUUCUGCAGGCACAUCAGUUAUGCAAAUGAUGGAUGAACUACACAAAAACGGAAUCGAUAUAUCAGUAGAAUCACUGAUAAAUAUGUGUAUAGCUGUUAUUGUUGUGUGCUCACUAACUUUGAUACAGUCAUUUGUCUCCUUGGUUUUAACCUUAGUGUAUAGUUGUAAGCGGUAUCCACGAAAAAGACUUGGAGUUGUUGGGAGUAUCUCUUUAAUUAUGUCGGGUACAAUCACCUUCCUCUUUGUAAUCAUAUAUUUAAUAAUGAAUGGACAGUACACGAAUGUUAGUAGUGCGCAACAUCUUGAAGACGCUUUGGAUUUAGGAUUUCCUUAUUCACCUGUGUUAUGUAUGUUAGGAUCUAUCAUGUAUUUUGUUUGUGCCGGUAUACUUAUUUAUUUGACAAAGAAUUCAAAAGGACAAUAUAAUUAUGAGAUGAUGGUUAUUGAUACGUCAACAGGUGGUAGUACGUAUAUUGCAAAGACAUGAAUUGUUAAAGUUUUUUUUUACUUUUGUAAUUUCUUUAAGUUCUUUUAUCAAACAUAUUAACUCAUAUUAUAUGUGAACGAAGAAAUAAGAAUCUAACUAUACCCAUUCUGCUUGUGAUCGUGAUAUUGUUGAUACCAACGGUCAAACAAAAGUUAGAGAUAUUAGAAAACCAGAAAUGAUUUUAAGAAUUAUUUGAAAAGAAAAAAAAGAGUACAAAUGCAGAAUAUGAAAAUAAAUGUCGUUUUUAAAAAAAUAUAUAUUUUAUGAGCAACAUACUUUUGUUUAUUAAUUGUUUCAAAGAAAAUACAGUAUACUGAUUUAUAUCAUGAUAAAUAUACAUAUUGUACAAAGAAUUAUAAUUUUAAGGGGAAUCUUCAUAUUAUUUAGAAAAAAAUAGUCUUAUUUAGACAGGUUAACAUAAUAAUCAAAGAACCAUAAGCUUCGAUUGAAAUCAAAAUGACUGUCAUUUUGUUUGAUUGAAAAAUAUACAAAAGUGUUAUAUUUAAAAAUUAUUUCGCAUUCAGCUGUCAGUUCUCAUUUUGGUUCAAUUUGUUAAAAUACGCUCAAGUCAUUACAAACGUAUUAUUUGCUUGUAAUAUUUCAACCUGGUAUUACUGCAAUCUUUUAUUUGACCCUGGGUUACGUAUGUGCUAUAGUGUGUGAUACCAUUGUGUAUGUAAAUUCGAUACCACAGGUCAUUUAAACCAACUUGAUGAAAAUUCAACUGUAGAAAUCAGAA